AUGGUUGAUAAAACGUUAGCAGACGAGCAAUAUUAUCAUGGGUUGUUACCACGUGAAGACAUCAAAAUGAUGCUACGUAACAAUGGAGAAUUCAUCGUUCGAACAACGGAACCUGUUGCCGGACAGCCACGCGCUUUUGUUAUAUCCGUUAUGGCAUCAGAAGAAAAAGAGGAGCUUGGGAUUAAACAUUAUGUGAUACAACGCACUCCAAACGGCAAAUACACAAUCGAGAAGUAUGGCUUUGACAGUGUGCCUGAAAUGAUAAAUUUUCAUCUGAAUAAACAUGAAAGUUUGGUGAAGAAUGCCGAAGUAUUCCUUACUACGCCAAUCCCACGUCAGAGUUGGGAACUACACCACGAGGAUGUAGAACCGACCAAGAAAUUAGGUGAAGGAGCUUUCGGUGAAGUGCACCUUGGACGUCUACGACUUCGAAAUGGUCGCAAAGUUGAUGUCGCUAUUAAAUUGGCCAAGUUAGAAACGCUUACCAAAGAACAGAUCAAAGAAAUUAUGAAAGAAGCCCGGCUGCACAGAACAUUCGAUCAUCCCAAUGUAUGCAAAUGUUACGGAGUAGCUGCUGGCCAAGAACCUCUAAUGAUCGUUAUGGAACUGGCAAAUAAAGGAGCACUGGAUUCUUAUUUGCAAAAAAAUCAGGUCUCGGUGGAACAAAAAAUGGAUAUGUGUUUGGGCGCAUCUUGGGGACUUGAAUAUCUUCAUGCUAAGCCAGUUUUGCAUCGUGAUAUCGCUGCACGAAAUUGCCUCUUUGGUGAUAAUAGGAUAAAAAUAAGUGAUUUUGGAUUAACACGUGAGGGCACGGUAUAUCAAAUGGAUCCAAGAAAACGGGUCCCCAUCAGAUGGCUUGCACCGGAAACGCUUCGCACAGCUAUGUACACACAGAAAACGGAUGUAUACAGCUAUGGCAUUAUGUGUUGGGAGAUUUUCGCAAAUGGUCAGGAACCUUAUCCUGGUUUUACUGUUGCCGAGGUUAAUGUUCGGGUUAAAGAAGGUUAUCGAAUGCCGCUGCCUGAAUGUGUGCCGGCACAAAUGCGCCGCGUUAUAGAAGUGAAAUGUUGGGCAGAUAAUCCGAAUGAUCGAUGGUCAAUGGCGGAAAUUUCUAAAAAUCUUCAACGAAUCACCGGCACACCUCGUCCUAACUUCACGGUGCAGCAACAGGAUGAAUCGCAACCGGAAGGAGGUGAGAAGAAGAAAAAAAGUAUGAUAAGACCGAAAUCGAGGAAAAGUAAACAUAAAGGCGCCAAGCGUUAA